AUGGCCGAGCCGCCAGUCGUUCCUCCAAUCGAACCCCCACCACCACCUGAGACGUCGCGUCCUCUACAUACGCUCCCCGCGCCUUUCUCUCAUGACGCUCUCGAGGUCAUAACACAAGGCGCAGAGGCCCUCGUAUAUAAAACCACUUUCCUAACUCCGAACACGCCCGUCGUCGUCAAAUACCGACCACCAAAGCCGUACAGACAUCCUACUCUAGACAAGCGCCUUACAAAACAGAGGCUACUAGCCGAGGCGAGGAGUCUGAUCAGGGUCAAGAGGGAUCGCGUCAAUGUACCAGGUGUGAUUGGCGCAGAUUGGGAUGCGGGGUGGUUAGUGUUGGAAUAUGUAGAUGGUAGGACUGUGAGGAAAGUGCUAGAUGGCUGGGCGCAUCAAGUAACACAGCGAGAAAAGGACGAGAAGGCCACAGAAGACGUGAGCAGAGGAAACAGUGCAGCGGUGAGAGAAGGCGAAGAUGAGAUACUUGACCUGAUGCGAAGAGUAGGGCGGGAAGUAGGAAAGCUGCACGAACUUGGGGUAUGCCACGGGGAUCUCACAACAAGCAAUAUUAUGUUACGGACGCCAAAAUCCCAAAACACGGAGGUAGAAGAGCAGCAACAUAUGCCACAGAGAAGACAAACAACAAGCAGCCUCCGCGAAGCAGCCAUGCGCGGCGAAGAACCUCCAGACCUUCCUCCCGCCAACCCUCCGCAACAGUCCCACCCUACCUCUUUACUGGCCGGCGACAUAUUCCUCAUAGACUUCGGUCUCACAACCGCAAGCAUACAAGACGAAGACAAAGCUGUUGAUCUGUACGUCCUUGAAAGAGCGUUUUCAGCAACGCACCCAGCCGCGGAGCCGCUAUUCCAGGAAGUGCUAAAGGCGUAUGGGGAGUGUGGAAAGGGUGCAAGGGGAGUAUUGAAGAGGUUAGAAGGGGUACGAUUAAGGGGAAGGAAGAGGAGUAUGCUUGGAUGA